CUUACUCCAGCGGACCGACACCAUGCCGGGAGAGGGCAACACUCAGCUGAAAUGGCAGCACGUGGCUGGGGACUGCCGCAUCCUGUCGGACAUCUUGGCCGAGAAGAACAACAAGUCUCCCUGGCUGCUGUUCAAGUUCCUGGACGCUCUGCUGCGCGGCUACGGACAGGUGCUGUUCUGCAACAACCCGCUGACUGGCGCGCUGCUGUUGGCAGCCCUGGCGGUCGCUGAUUGGACGGUGUGCCUCUGGGGGCUGCUGGCAGCUGCCACGGGCCUCCUCGUGUCCGUCGCCGCCCAGCAGGACAUGGGCGCGGUGCGUGCGGGGGCGACCACGUUCAACUCGCUGCUGGUGGGCCUCGUUUCGGCCAGCGCGCUGCGGGGCAUCUACGGGACGGCCCUGGAGGAGGACCCCAGGGUCGCCGUCAUCGUCGUCGCUGGGGCUGCCAUUUGUGCGCUGGUGGCCUCUGGGAUGACGCGCCUGCUGUCGCACCUGGGCGGCGUGCCCAGCCUGGCGCUGCCCUUCGUGCUCACACAGGCCCUCAUCUUCCUCUGCGUCGCCCACGCCAGCCUCAUGGCGCCCGCCUCCGACAACGGAGUGCAGGUCGCGGCUGACGUCACGAGUCCAGCUGCCGCCGUUACCCAGGUACCAACUAUGCAUACGCAUCAGCCCCCCAGGCCCGUGGUUCCAGUACACCGCACCUCGACUGUCUGGACAGCACCACUCAACGCCAGCGUUCCAGCACAACUGCUCUCCAGCGCCAUACCCACACUGCCCCGAGACGUCGAAAUCAUCCAAGUGCCUGAUGCAGUUCUCAGGAACCGGACACCAUCAGAGUCGAUUGGCGCCAGUAGCAUACGCAGGCGCAGACGCAGGCUCGCCCGUUCAGCUAUGAUGGAAGAGGAACUACUGCCACAGGAUGGCAGCAAUGGGGGAGAAUCUACUACAGGAGCAGAACAGUCUGACAGCAGUCUGGGGAAGGCUGAAACUAUUCCUGUUCCUGCUGCUGAAGAUGUCACUCUCCAGUCUUCACUACCUGUAGAAACAGUCCCGACAGCAGAGAGCACACAUGCUAUGGAUGUGACAAACUCUCUGAGUACCACUGAGGUGUUUGCUGAAGGAACAGAUGUGGGAGGAGGAAUCCUUUAUGGGGCUAACUUUCUGCUGGAUGAACUGAUGCAAAAUGAUGGGCCACCUCAGUUUGCAUCAGCUACAGAGGAGAAUGAGUCUACCACCGGAAAUGAUGGCAUUGGCGAUCCGGGAGCCUCAAAUAAUGGGGAGAGCAACAAUGGAUCUGUAGGAGACAUCACUACGAUCGGAACAGCCAAACUGGGCCAACUAUCAGAAGAGCAUCAGAGCACUGUGACUGAAGUGAUGACUACAGUGGUAUAUACAGGCAAAGGAGUCAGUCAGGACCAGAUUUACAGUCAAGGGGUUUCCUCAACCGUUCCUAGUAGUGUCAAGGAGGAGGGAUCCAGUACAGCAAAUGGUAAUGCUGCUCUUAGAAGCAGUGCAGCCCCAUCUCCAAAAGAAGCCCACCCUGCUGAGACAAUGGAGUUGUCAGAGUCCAGAUCAGCAGCUGCAUCAGCACUGGAAGGUCCUUCCAGGUUCCAAGCACCAAGGGAGCCGGCUACGUCUGACCGUCAGCCUGUGGCGGGUCCGGUGGACACUGAGGCUGGCACUGCGGUGGAAGUGGAGGUGGAUGUGGAGCCAGCCAGUGGCGAGGUGGACUGGGGCCGUGUGUUCGGCAGCAUCCUGCUGGCCCCCACACAGGCCUUCGGGCUGGAGCACGAGGUGGCCGGGGCGCUCAUGUACCUGGCUGUCGCCCUGAGUUCCCCGGUCACUGCUGCUGCCCUCGCUGCUGGGGCCAUCGUAGGAGCCUUCACAGCGCUGCUGGUGGGCGCGCCGCUGGAGGGCAUCUACUCUGCGGGCUGGACGUUCAACGCGAUGCUGACGCACGGCGCGCUCUGCGGCUUCCUGUUCGUGUGGUCGCCGCUGUCGCAGGGGGUGGCGCUGGCGGCGGCCGCCUUCUCCGUCGCCCUCUUCUCCGCCGUCGAGCCCGCCAUGUCCUCUGUACCGAUGCCGGUGAUGAGCCUGCCCUUCAACCUGACCACCAUGCUGUUCUUCAGCGUGGCCAGCAGGAGGCUAUGGAGGCCAGAGGAGCUCUCCAGCCCGGAACAGCACUUCCGCGACUACCGGGCCGAGAUGAAGAAGAGACGCCGAGACGCGGAGAGGCAGCGCAUGAUGGACGAAGAGCCGGCGAAGGAGAAGAAGGCACCGCUGGCGGAGGCGGAGAAGUUGAGCGACGCCGAGGAGGUGUGAACCUGGGACCCCGGCAUACAGCGGACGGACGUGCCUCGCGCUUCUGCCGGCUUCCGAUCCACCUGUUGCAGCCGGCCGCACUCUGAAUGCAAAACAUGCGGCGCCCAUUAAGUGCUUAGCGGGGGGCGCCCAAAUAAACAGUGCCAAACACUGUGGACAUGUCGACAAAAAAAGAAAAAUAACUGUACUUUUGCGUGUUUUAACAACUCGCCUUGAUAAUUCAGCAUUUCGCCAUGAAGUCGUUUCUGGAACAUUCCAUCCAGAAUCAUUUGCUGCCAACUCACCCAUCACUUCAUUUACCACUGACAGACGGGCAACUCAUACCACCACGUCUCGUUAGGUUACGUUUAUUUCUGAUUUUUGUGUUGAAUCUCUUGUGUUUCUACUAUUAAGGUCGAUCAGCAGGGACUUGUAGAUAAUGCUGUACCAUAUGAACCUCUUUGACACAUCACGGUUUUGCUCCAGUGCAACAACUCCUCUUGUCAUUGCCGCCGAAAAGGUGACGAUGUGGGCUGUUUGUGACAGCAAGACAAUCACAUGGAAGUUGCAUGUCGCCAUGUACAGUUCACAGACAUGUCGCAAAUCUUCUAUUCAUUCACUUUGCAUCUUCUGCAGCUGUGUCCCUAUCGCUCGGUCGUAGGUUCGUGGAUAGCACUCACCUUCACUGCGAUGACGACAACGUAUGAUUAAUAGGCUACCUGGCUAUUUGAAAUUAUUUUAUCUAACAUGAGAACUAUUUAUCACAGUCACUUCGAAUAAUGAUCUCAAAAAAUUGAAAUAGAACAUAAAAUCAAUGCUAUUUCCAUCAUACAGGGUGUUUCACUAAAUGUGUUUGCCUCUGCAAAUUACGAAGUAAUAGGCGACGGAAAUAUUUAUUGCGGUAGGUAACCAUAAGAAAGAGAAGACAAAACUUCCUUAUAACGACGUUAUCCAGAUAUCCAAUGAAGAACGAAAAUCGUUUUUUCAGUCUUCGUGACGUGUGCGACACGCACUCAGUGCGUGAUCCAGACGCAUUAAGUGUGACCCAGUUGAAUUUAUCAUUCCAUAUUACACAACAUUAUAGUUUUGAAACACCGCAUUGUUUCACGUUUGGCAGGUCUCAGCACGGGAGCCAUGCGCCAAAAACGCUACAGCCUCGAUGCGUAUGUGGAUGAGGAAGCUAUCUUAGGGUCAUUCUCAAAUAAGAAGACUAAUUUGUCACCUUACAACUAAUUUUGACGUCGAUCCAACGUCUUGAAUACCUGCUUUAACUAUGUUCUGAACCGAAAAUAGAUGGAUUCACGUGAUUUUCCCAUAGCAUUUCAUUUAGUCAUCAUAAUCACGAACUGCGACACUUCUUGGAAGAGAAUAAAGUUUUCCAUUUUUCUCAUCAUUUCCAAUAUAUGACCACACUUGCCACGUCUUGUUCACUUAAUUGACUAUUCAUCUAAAAUACCUUUUCGAUGAAACUACUACACUGACGUCAAAGUAGUUUGGAUUUGGUGUCAUAUAGUUAUUACCGACUUUUCACUCUUAAUUUUUAUUAUAUUUUCUUAUUUUAUUAUGUUUAUGGUUUCUCCAUAUCCACAUCUCGACCAGUUCGAAUUUCUUUUUUACUGCUUCCCACGGUCCAUCAUGCUCUUCUGCAACUGACAAUCCCCAGAAAGGAAAGCUAACCAAACUCUUUUCCAACUUCUUGUUCGCUUAUCUGUACAUAGGUUUCAAUGUGUAACACUUGUUACAUCACUGUGAUUGUUUAAUAUCAGGUCACAAACUAUUGUCAGCUUUGAUUUUGAAAUAGAAGCUGUCCACAAGAGAAGUUUCUCCACGAGAACUCUGUUCUUUACAUCGUGUGCCGUCUACGUUUCUCUUCACAUUCAGCUCCUUUAGCCAUACAGUGAAAUUUAUUCUUGCAUUACACUAUCGCAAGAUUUCAAAAUGUUAUCACUGUAGGUAAAUGUAUUCCAAAUAAAUCUCUUAUUAACUUGCAGAGCAGUAAGUUAGUGAGUGAAGGUGUUCCAAGUACAGUAUCUGCAAAGUUUGCAAAGCAAUAAAUGAGAGUGAAUGUAUUCGAAAAAUACCAUUUGCAAGCUUGCAGCGCAAUAAUGAAAUGGGUAAAAUUGCUCCAAAUACGCUAUACGCAAAUACGUCCAAAAUUCACUGACUCUUCUCUGUACAUGUAAUUUUAUUGUUCUGGCGUGGUACACGUUUGCAUCCUUAAAGGAACACAAGAUCUAUGGUUCUAUCUUAUUCUCCUUUCUUCCCGUUCUACUUACUGUUUUAUUGUGGAGCCGCUGACCUGACCUCCCACAAGUAUGGUGUAGUUACUUUUUACACGCAUAGUGCAGUAUUCAUCUUGAUUGUGUUCAUCGUUAAAGCGUUUGCUAUAGUCUGUUGUUGUCUCUUUGUGAAUAGAAAGUGUCUCGCAACUUUAACAGAGAAUGAUAGUUCAUAUUUUGGUUGGUUGGUUCUGAGCACUGUGGUACUUAACAUCUAUGGUCAUCAGUCCACUAGAACUUAGAACUACUUAAACCUAACCAACCUAAGGACAUCACACAACACGCAGUCAUCACGAGGCAGAGAAGUUCAUAUUUUCACAGAAAACUUAGGAAGAACUUGUCUAGUGGCCUGAAACAGUACUGGUGAACGGAUUCGAAUGUCGUCCAGUAUUUUCAUCCACCGACGACUUCCAUCAAAGUACUCCCUUUUUAAAUGAUCGACUUUAAUAGUGUGUUCCAUUGCAACGUCUCCUGAGGACAUUAAAUUUUAGAUGUAUCUAUGAGGUUUUUUUAUAUUUUGAAUUAUUGCGUAGAACUAGUAUUAACUUUAUAUUUUAUAACUAUUUUAUUUCC